AUGGAUUCACGAGCACGUUCUAUACUUAGUACAACUCAUGAAGGACUGGCACCAAGUUCUAUGAAGUCUUUAGGUGAAAAUAAAUUACGUAUAUUCGAACAAGGAACUGUUGCGAUUAAUACUCGAACAAAUUUAUCACGUAAAGAACGUGAAGAUCUUCGUGCUAAAAUUGAAGCGAGUGAAACAGAAGAAGCAUUAAAAGAAUUUGUUGCUGCUUUUGAAGAACCAACAAAUAAAAUAAAUAAAACAUUUAUUAAAGGUGGAGUUUUUAAUCCUGGUUCGCAUGAAGAAACUCCAAGUGAUCGAGGAAAAACAUAUCGAACAUCAACAACAUAUAAUAAAAAAGAUGAUUCAACACAUAGUAAAGAUAGUUUACAACAGCAAAUAGCUAAAAGUAAUGCAGCAGCAUUGGCUGCUGCAGCUGCUCUAUCAGCAGCACCCGAAAAUAAACCAAAAUUAAAAACUGAACGUGAGAAACGUAAAUCAAAUUUAGAAUCAUUUAAAGAAGAACUUAAAAGAAUUCAAGAAGAACGUGAUCGUCGUCAUAUGCAAAAACGAGAAAAAGAAGGAAAAUCAACACGAUUUCAACCACCACCAUCUACUUCUUUACAUUCUGAUCUUGCUCUCGAUUCGGAUUCACUUCAACAUGAAAGUCGUCAUUCAAGUGAUGAUCCAAAUACAACAAAUUUAUUUAUUAAUACAAUUCCACGUUCGAUGAAUGAAACAAGUAUAAUGGAAUUAUUUGGUCGUUAUGGACCAUUAGCAAGUGUUAAAAUAAUGUAUCCAAGAAGUGAUGAAGAAAAAUCUCGUGGAACCAAUUGUGGUUUUGUUGCUUAUAUGAGUCGAAAAGAUGCUGAGAGAGCUAUGCAUGAAUUAAAUGGUACACAAUUAGAUUCAAUAUCUGUUCGAAUGAGUUGGGGACGAGCCGUUCAUAUUCCACCUCAACCGGUCUAUAUUCCACCUACAAUGAGAGAAUUAAUUAUGCCACCACCACCAUCUGGUCUACCAUUUAAUGCUCAACCAAAUACAAAAUAUCGUGCGUCAAAAUUACAAGAUAUACUUGGUCGAGAAAAAGAACUUUCAAAACUUCUUGAACAUGCUACUGUUCGAGUGAUUAUUCCUCAUGAUAGAGUUUUAUUAUGUUUAAUUCAUCGAAUGAUUGAAUUUGUUAUUCGUGAAGGUCCGAUGUUUGAAGCAAUUAUAAUGCGUCGUGAAAUGAAUAAUCCACAAUUCCGGUUCUUAUUUGAUAACCAAAGUCCUGCUCAUACAUAUUACCGAUGGAAACUUUAUUCAAUUCUUCAAGGCGAUGGUGUAACAAACUGGCGAACAGAAGCAUUUCGUUUAUUUAAAAACGGUAGUUUAUGGUUACCACCACAACCUCAACAAUUUACAUCCGGCAUGCCUGAUGAAGUAUUUGAAAAAGUUAAAAGAGAAACAGAAAAUGAAACAAUUGUCAAAGUGGAAGUGAAUGUACCAGUGAUUAAUCAGAAUAAUACUAGCAAUAAACGAGGUCGACUUAGUCAUCGACAAAGAGAUCAUUUGGAAGAUCUUUUACGACAAUUAACACCUGAACGAACAAAAAUUGGUGAUGCUAUGAUUUGGGCUAUUGAUCAUGCUGAAGCAGCUGAUGAAAUAAUUGAUUGCAUAACGGAAUCACUUUCAAUUCUUCAAACACCAUCACAUAAAAAAAUUUCUCGACUUUAUCUAAUAUCAGAUAUUCUUCAUAAUUGUAGUGUUAAAGUAACAAAUGCAUCACAUUAUCGACGAGGAUUUGAAGUACGUUUACCUGAUAUAUUUCAACAUAUUAAUCAAGCUUGGGCAGCUAUUGAUGGACGUCUUCGUGCGGAACAAUUUAAACAAAAAGUUAUGAGUAGUUUUCGUGCUUGGGAAUCUUGGGCAAUAUAUCCAAGUGAUUUUCUUAUAAAACUUCAAAAUAUAUUUCUUGGUCUUGCACGACCUAAAAUAAUAAUAGAAAAUGAAACGAAAAAAUCAGCAUUCGAUGAUGAUAUUGAUGGUAAACCAAUUAAUGUUGAAUCAUCUGAUAAUCGACCAUUAGCACUUGUGGCUGAUUAUGAUGAUGAAGAAGAUAUUGAUGGAAAACCAAUGUCAAUUCAAAGUUCAUCAAUCGAUGAUGAUAUCGAUGGUCGACCAUUAAAUACUAGUCGUGAAUCUCGACCACGUUUUCAAGAAGAAAUCGAAGAAAUCCCUUCUUCAUCAUCAACAAUUAAACCUCGUUUUGUUCCAACAAAAUGGGAAUCUGUUGAUCCAACACUAAUUACUACUCAAGCCGUAACUAUUUCGAAAUGGGAUUUUGAUCAAGAAUCAACUAUUAAAGGAAAUGAAAGUUUAUAUGAAGAUUUAGCCGAAACAUCAAGAACAUCAUCGGAUAAUAAUAAUAAUAAAACAAACAACGAUGAAAAUAUUAGAAAUAGUUCAUCAGCAAGUACGCAUAGUAUUGAUAAUACAAUAGUUCCAGAUUCAUUAUCAACAUCAGAUACAUCAGAAGAACGACGUCAAAAAUUACGAGAUAUUGAAAUUCAAGUAUUGAAAUAUACAGAUGAAUUAGAAUCUGGAAGACUUGAACGUGCAUAUGGUCUUUCAUUAGCAGAAGAAAUUGAAAUUUAUCGACAAAAUUUAUUAAAAAAAAUUGAAGUAGAUGAGAAAUCAACAACUGUUUCAUCUCCGGAUUCAUCGAAAUCAACAAAUCGAACUUCAAUAUCAAACAAACAGCAAUACGAAUCAUCAUCAUUAUCAUCAUUGGCGUCAAGAAAUAAUUCAUCACGAUAUUCUCAACAAAGAAACAUGGAUGAGAAAAAUCAAGAAACUAGUUCGCGUCGCGACGAUUCGUCUUCUAGACAUGUGAAAUGUAUUUGUAAUGCUUUAAAUUAUUUAUACAACUAUAGACAUGAGCGAAUUGGUAUUCAAACUAAAAUCAAAACUAUUGAUUCUUUAAAUGUUUAUUUUAACAUUUAA